ACCAAGUAAUAUUAUAUUACACAAUUAUUCCUCUAUCCUGAUAGAUACCUAUAAUUCUUGAGAAACUAUUUCUACAAUGCCAAAUUUGCCUCCAUUUUUUAAUGGAAAGAUUAGUGGUGUUUUAAUAAUAUCUAUAGUAGAUAUAUCAUGGUUUAACAGUUGUAUAAAAAGUUCCUAUGUACAAUUUGAAUGGACCGGAUGUCAAGAAAGACAAAAACUUUUAACAUCUAAAUAUUCUAAGAUUACUUAUGAUAUUCGAACAAGCUACAAAUCAUUUUUACACUAUCUAUCAACAUGCACAUUAAGAUGUUCAAUUAAAAAUUAUGAAAAUAAAACAUUAGCUCASGCAACUAUGAUAAACUUAUUAAUAGAUCAAGAUAACCAACUGAUAAAAACUUUACCACUAAUGAAUAAUGAGCAAAUAGUUGGCACUCUAAAAUUAUGUUUCAAUGUACAAACAUUCGAUGAUACUUCAUUUGACAAUGAUAUAAAAAUGUUAAGACAAUUUGGAAUUCAAGAUGAAGUUUUAAAAACUUCAAAUGACACAGAGUUUUAUUACUCUGAAAUAUUGAAAAAUAGUAAAAAUGUAAAAUUAAGACCUGUUAGUUCUUCAUCAUUAAGAUCUAAUAAAAGCAAAGAAGAAUUGACUAGUGAUUAUUUAAUGGGUAAAAAUAUGGCUCCUGAUGAAGAAGAAGAAGCACUUCACGCUUUAAGAAUAAUGCCAAAUAAGUCUACUGAAAGCUUAGUUAGUGCAGCUGAAAAAAUUGGUAUUUAUUCACCUCCACAAUCGCCAUUACACAUUCAAGGAUCUACCAAAGUUAUGGCAGUUAAAAAACAGGGUAUUAAAAACAUGAAAACAAUACAAGCAAAUUUUAAGAAAUCUUGCGAGGAAUUCAAUAAAAAUGAAUUUAAAACAGACUUCUCUAAAAAAAUACAUAAAGUGCCUGUGCCAAAAGAUGAUGUACAUUUACAUUUAUCAAUCCUUUCAAUUAAUGUUUAUCGCACAGUUAAAUCCCUUCAAAACUAUAAAAACAGCACGUAUAUUGUACAGUGUCUUAAGGAUCAAGAACCAUAUAAGUUGUUGAGAUUCAUGACAAAGCAUGUAGAUGAUAAUGUUGUAAAAUUUAAAAAUGUCACUCAGUCAUCGCGGUUAGAAGGUAGUACAGUUAAAGGUGUCACCAUUAAAGUGUAUGUGAGACUUCUUAGCGAACGCUGCCCUCUAGUUUUGGGUGAAACAAAACAAAUGUUAGACUGGACUGGAUUUUCAACUACUUUUAAUGUUCCUCGAUUUAUAAAAGUUCCUAUAUGGAAUAAUGAUAAAAUUACUGGACACGUGUCUUUGUCAUAUGAAUUUUCUAGAACACCCACAGUUCAAAAAUAUGAAAAUAAUUUUUCUGAAAAACAAGAAGAAAAUAUAAUAGAUAAUUAUAUAGAUGAUCAUAAAAACCAACAGUGUAAACUUUUUGAAACUUCUAAUCCAGUUGCUAUUAUAAAUAAAAAAACAUUAGAAGAUAAUAAAGAUACCAACUCAUAUCUGACAAAAGACCAAAUAUAUAUGUACAAUAAACUAUAUCCUGAAAGUAUUAAGGAUAAUUUUACAACUAAACUAACGUUAAAUGAAUCUCCAAAAAUAGUAUCAACUAAGACAACAAAAGAAAAAGAAAUUCAAACCAACUUUGAAGUUCGUCAAUUAAAUAAAUCUGUGCAAACUCAAAUAAACACUUUCACUGUUGCAAUUCAAGUUAAUAGUGAUGAACUAGAAGAUCUCUUAGAUAAAUCAAAUCUUUGUGAUGUACAAAAUAUAUUUCGGUGCACUCAUGAAUUCACACUUAAUAUUGAAAAAAAAUGUGAUUCAACAUUCAAUUAUGUAACAUAUCAAUUUCCAGAAUGUGUUACUAAUAACAUUGGAAAAGUGGUCUCCAAUUGUCGAGCAUUCAGAACUUUUGGCAACACUAAUAUUUUACAUUUGAUUACAUUACCUACAACAAUUCCUUUAGAAACUUAUUUUUAUAAUAAUUAUAAUAAAGUAGCUAUUAUAUUAAAUCUUUAUAAAAAUAAUGAUGAUCCUCCAGAAAAGGUCUCACUUCUAGUGUCUCAUCUCAUUGACAUGGCCAAUAAGUUUAAAAACUCACACAUUGCUAAACAUUUAAUUAUAAACAAUAAUUUAUCUCUACCUGAAUUAUCUCUUAAUAAUGUUAAAAUACAAAUAUAUUACAAACGAGUAUACCACUCAUUUCCAUCCCCUGAAUCAAAUCUUAAAAACUCAUGUGGUCCAUCAUAUAAGACAUUAAAAAAAAAUUCAAAAAAUAUUAUUGACUUGACUGAAUCUGAUUCUGAAGAUGUUAUUAAUAAGACAUAUACUUUAUUGAAAAGCAACAUUAAAAUGACUGAAUUGACUACUGAAAGCAGCACACAGACAGAUCCAAUACCUGUUAAAAUAUCACAUAAUUGCUUAACUCAAACAGAAAUCGAUGUGAAACCAGAAUCUAUAAAUAUUGAUGAUGACAGUAUCUCAAUUAAAAAUGAAAAACAAAAUAUUAUGUGCAAAGACACGAUUCCUAUAGUUAAAAAUCAUCCAAAAUGUACAAAUACAAAAAUUACACAUGACACUACAGUUGUUGAUGAAAAAUUCAAUAAUAGUGAUAUUUUUAAAGCAAAAGUGACUGUUGUUGAGGGGUAUAACUUACCAAUGGUUAAACUAAAUGGUGACACCAUACCUUCAGCUCCAACUACAUAUGUAAUCAUGGAAGCUUAUGGUGGCAAUAGUUUCUUGACGUCAUCUGUGGUACAACAAACAAACCCCAUUUGGAACAGUGAAUGGACAGUUUUUAUGCCUAGGAAUAAUUUAAUAGAAGAAAAGUGGCUAAUAUUAGAGUUGUGGUGUAAGAAGUAUAAAAAUGAAUAUGCAGGACAUGAUCCAAAACGAGACAUGAGACUUGGAUUUAUUUUAAUAGAUUUAUCUGCACUUAAGUAUAAUCCCAAUAAAGGAUCUUGUGGGUUAUACGAUGUCAUUAGCGAAACUGAAGAACUCCAUGGAAAAAUUAAAGUUAAGAUAAAUCAAAUUAAUUGUAUUGAUCCUUACGUAAAAAACAAUUUAAUACCUCAACCAAUUAAUGAUAGAAAUAUUAUUCAAACCAAAAACAAAUCUACAAGCCAAAAAUCAAAUGAUGAUAUCACAAAUGAAAUGAUCGAAAAAAUGCAAAUUGAAGAUAAUUUUCAUGUGGAAACAAGAAAUCCUAGAAACACUGUUACAGUUAGAGAUAAAAAAUUCAAUCAACACAUCGAUCUUACUGAGGAAUCCCUCCAAAAGUUUAGCAGGAUUCAAUUAAAUAAUACAGUUGCCAAAUCCAGUGUAAAUGGUUGUUUUUACGACAAUGAUAAUGUAUUUGACAAUAUGGGAACUAUAAGUUCAGUUACAUCUUGGACAAGUUCUUCAGAUGAUAUAUUAUGUUCAAAUAAUUCUCAGAUUGUGAACAAUAUACUAAGUAACAAAACCAAAAUGAAUCGAAUAAAACAAAUUAUUCAAAGUUAAAUAAUUGUCAAGUACUUUCUUGUAGUACAUUUAAUAUUUUA